CAAGUCCGAGAGAAUACUUGGAGAAAUUAUCAAGCAGUUUAUUCGAUCUGUCGCUGAGGUUGACGUAGUUUUAUUCAAGGAAGCUGAAGUUAAGUAACAUCAGCCUGGGGGGAUUUUUCGCAUCAUUACUGCUGUGAAACUUGAAAUAGAAAACAACACGGAGGCAGAUAAACAGACGAACUUCAAUCAACAAGUUUGAAAUAAAGAAGAUUUUAAUUGGACUGAACUGCAGCAGCUGAUAAUCAGCUUUCCCAGCUCACCGUUGGUCUUUCUCUCCGUUCCCUGCAGUGUAAAACGAUGGCUACACACAAGCAAAUCCUGAGUGCCCUGGGGAACGGCCCAGCCCGGCGAAACCUCUUCGGCCCUGUGGACCGAGAGCAGCUACAGGUGGAGUAUCAGGUGGCCCUGCGGAAAGACCUGGAGGAGGCCUCGCGGCGCUGGGGCUUUGACUUCAUCUUGGACAAGCCUCUGGAGAGCAGCGAUUUCCAGUGGGAGGGCAUCCCAGGCACCAAGGUGCCGCUGCUCUACCGAUCCUGCAUGCUUGGUCUGGGAAACACAGAAGGUCAAAGGUUGGCAGAGGUGACGGUAAUCUCCAAGGGAGGACGGGCGGAGCCACAGCAGAGCGAGAAGGAGAACAUCCCGCGUACACCAGAGAGACAUGGUGAGCUCAACCUGAAGGACCUGGAGAAAACACCAGAGAAAAGAGAGAACACAGGGCUGAAGAGGAAACAAACAAACAUCACAGAUUUCUACCAGGCUAAAAGAAGAGUGGUUGGGAUGCCGCGCAAAUCCGGCGAGUGAUUUUCAGGGCACUUUGCCGCAAAGGUGCCAAUACUCCCAAAAGAACCACACAGACAGUCCUACACUCAGGAACGAUCCGUCCUGCACGGAUUCUGCACAGUCACUCACCAGGGUCAGGUCUAAUACCCCGGUGAAUCAUCUGAAAACAGAAGGGACCUCAGCUACACAUGAUUACUUUAAGAUUAAUUAGGGUACUGUAUUCACUCUGAGGGGGUUGGUGUUUUUCCCAGUGGUAAGAAGGGGACAUUUGAGCAGAGAAGAUUAACGGUAAUCUCUCGAAUCAGUGGAUUUAGACUCGUUUGGAUCAAGAGGGGGGGAUGCCAAAGUGUCGACUGACAUUUCCUACUGUACAUUCCACAGAGCUGAAAAGCGCACCCAACGUCUCAGCUUCAUGGAAACUCUGUACCUCCUGCAGUUACAGAAACUUGACAAAUGAGCAUAUUACUGAACACACUUGAAGCAGACGUUAUGUUGGUCAACUUCAUUCUGUCUCACAAUGAAAUUAAGGUGUGUCUGUGACAAAACUGCAGAGUGAAUGAAAAUGGUAGAGAAUGGAUGAAGCCCUUUGGCUCCUUUGUUGAAAUCCACUAUUGUGUUUUCUACAAUGUUCUUUCUUAAUGUGUAUCAUGAGGGCUAGGAGUCUUUUUUUUUUUUUUCUUUUACAAGCACUUCCUGUCCAAAGUGUAUCAUACUUUAUAUAUCCAGCUGUACAUUGUUUUUUCUACCAUCAUGUACUCAUAGGAAAAUGCUUGAAGACUUGUGAUAUCCCGUACAUGCAGUUGCUUUGCUUAGAUUUUAAAUGACAGAAGUGCCAUCAUGUCCUCUUCCAUCCACUGUAUGUCGAUUGAAUUUCGAAGCAGAUCUCCACAAGUGCCCUGCUCCAGACUCUGACUUGUGCACAGCACCAGAUAAUGUAGGUUAGGAGUGUAACACCAUCUCUUUGGAAACACUUAAAAACAAAUAUAUUUAGGUUUAUUUAGAUAUACUGUAUAUCAGAUGUUUAUCAGUAGAGUUUAAUACAGCACUGUUAAGUAGCAUAGUCAUUAAAACAUUGCAGUAUUGCACAAACAUCUGAUAGGUGGUGUACCCACAGCACCCAGUCUCAAGUGCCUUCACGGUGUUUGUUUCAGUAUUUGAAGCUAGAUAAAGGACAAUCAGAAGACAAUGUUCUCAGAAGUAAAUGUGUUAUUUUCUAAGCUAAAGCUAUGUGCUUUAUUUUCUCCUAUUUGGGCGCAUAGUGCAAUUUAACAGACAAUGUGUUAUUAUCUGCCUCAAAAAAAACAAACAAAAAAAAAUAGUAUGUUUUUUCAUGACACUUGUUUAUGUCUACGUUGGCAAAUCCUGCUGCUAUGGGUAAUCUGAAUGGGUGUCAAACCAAGGUCACUGUAAUGCUAAUCCUUAUGAACUGACAGCUUUGAAAUGUUUGCCACCACAAAUACGCUAAAGCAAAGCAAAUGACAGCAUUACCCCAAACUAUGAAUGCACUUCUGUUUGUAGACGCUUGUGCACAGGUCCUACAUAUUGUUUUAUGUUAAAAGCUACAGAAAAAGAUCUAUCCUUAUUUAUUGUAAGAUAUUAUACCUUGUGUUAAUUUAGUUUUUGUUUAAUUAUUAUGAGAAUUCCAAAUUCAAAUAAAAUGUUAAAGUUU